UCACCGCCCAAAUUCCCCAAAGAUUCCAAGCCCUGAAAAAGAGCAACAGAAUUCAGGAAUUGUACUGUGUCCUUUAUGCAGGCAUGACUGCAUGGAUGCUGCUGUGUUUGAGCAGCAUCUUAUCAAAGAGCAUCAUGUCACCAAAGAAGGCAUGCAGAGACUCCUGUCCUUAGUCAGUAUCCCAUCUUCGAUUGCAUCAGCCGUAUCUCCUGUAUUAUCUGAAAAACCCACAAUAUCCUUACAUGAUGAUGAUCAUCAAAUAUCUUCAUCGCUUUCAUCAUCACCAUUAUCAACUUCUAUACUGAUCACACCAAAGGAUGAGCUAGCAGAUCCAACUGAGUGUCCAGUAUCAACAAGUCAGGUGAUUUCUUUCUCCAAAGAUGCCAACCAUGGAGAGCAGGUAUCUCAUCCACAGCUCACAAGCAAGACAUACCACAUAUAUGAUACUGAUCUAUGUAAUUUAUUUUCUGCAGGGAUAGAUCUCACUCUUCAAGAUAAUCUGGACAGAGAGCUUGAAAAUCUCUUCACCUGUCAGACCUGCAGCAAGCACUUCGGGGACAUUGAUCGCCUGUACGAGCACCAGAAUGAACUGGGUCACCUGCAGCUCAAGCAGACCCCACAAGGUCCAGGAUAUCUCUGCUGGAGGAAGGGUUGCAACCAGUACUUCAAGACCGCCUUAACUCUCCAGGUUCAUUUCAGGGAGAUCCAUGCUAAACAAUCAUUGGCAGGGAUCCUGUCGCCUCAGGAAGUGGAGCUAUACAGGUUCAGAUGUGAACAGUGUAGUUUCAGUUUUAAGUCCUCAUCAGCAUUAGAGAAACAUAAAUGUGUACACUUAAUUCGCUCUGUGACCCAGUGCAGAGUAUGUUCCAGAAAUUUUAGCUGUAAAUUAAAAAUGAAAAGACAUUUGGAGACAGGUCAUACAGAUUUGAGUGCUGCAGAUAUAACGUUUCAAGUGGAGAAAUUUAACAAAAACAUCCAGAUAUUGUUUACCUCUCCUACUUUUCAGCAAUUUACUUCUAAAGUUCUAAUGACAAAUGACAAUGUAAAAUCAAAGGUGUUCAGUUUUGUGAGUCAAGAAAAGGUAAAGGAACAUGAAGUGAUGACAAAUGAAAUUGAUUUUGAGAGAAAUGUCAAAGUAUGUGAGAAUUAUAUGGAUACAAGUGAGAACAGUUUAAAGAAAUGUCAAGAGAAACAGAUUGAGAAAGGGGAUAAGAAAAAGCAAUUACUGGCUGAAGAGAAUUAUCAAAGUAAAGGCUGCAUGUUUAAGUGCCAUUCGUGUAUGUUAGGGUUUGCAGACGAGAUUGAUAUGUUGGCUCAUUUCAAGACAUAUGUACAUGAAUGCCAAGAGAAGAAAGAGGUUGCUAAAGCUGAAGUUGGACCUCACAAAUGUGAUGUUUGUAAAGAGUCUUUCCAAUGGAAAAGUGAUCUUCUGGAGCAUUAUAAUUCAACUGGUCAUCAGAUGAAAUUAAAACAACAGAAUGUGGCAAGUGGAGAUAAUCCACCCAUGGUUACCACAACUCCUGCUGAAAUUUCGCUGAAAUCAACUGUUUUUGGCCGAAAGGCACAGAUAGCGUUUCCUAGCUGUAAACCACAAGAUGAUCUGCCAACCAGCCUUUUAAAGAUAAACUCAGAAGAAAAAGGAGAAGCAGAAGAAAAAGAGGAAGCAGCUUGUGGGGUAUCUCUUACAUCAUCUGCUAUAAUUACUUCCCCUUCUAAAAUAGGUUAUGUUAAUGAAGGUGGUGAUAGAGUUCUAACUACUAGCGGUUCAGAGAUGAAAUCCUAUAAGUGCAAUGUUUGCCGGGUUAAUUUUGAUAAUCAGUUAAGUUAUGACAUUCAUCUGCGAUCAGUAUAUCACAGAACAAGAACUGAUAAAUCAGGAGGUAUGAUCUUAUCAGAUGUAGGCAGUGAUAACCAAACCGUCUCACAGAAUCCAGAUCCACAGGCUGAAAGCAGACUGCGGGCUCAAAUAAUUGCUGACAUGAUACACCAGCAAGCCACAGCUCAAGCAGGUCCUUGCUUCAACCUACAGACUCUGCAGGAGAUGAAUGUUGUGACCCAGUUAUCUCUGCUGAGACUUCUCCCGACAACAUCCCAUGCAUUGCCGACUACACCCACUCCAAAUUCUUUAAUGGCGGUUUCUAAUGCUCAGAUGGAAUCUUGUUUGUCAUCAUUCACAGCUGAAUUUAUCAAAACAGGAAGUGUGCAGGGUGAAACUAGUACAUCAGUAUCUUCUGGCACGCUAGUUCCAGAAAUCACUUCUGCUCUAAAUCCAACAGAGGCUGUUGCUAACUCUAUUCUUGGAGAAGGAAGCAGAAGGGAAGCUUCAGAUCCUGGAACCAAGGUGAUGCCAGAUUUGAGUGAAACUUCAACUGAUGUAAAAAUUAGUCGAAAAAACAAUGAACUGCCACCGCAGUUUCACGCACCAGUUAUAGCACGACCGCGAGGUUUCAUGGGCCGUUUCAAGCCACAGUUAUAUAAAAGUCUCCUAGAGAACUUUGGUUUUGAGUUUGUCAUGCAUUUUAAUGAAGAACAGACAAGAACAUCAGAAAUCACUGAGGUAAAAGAGGACAAUUUAGACACUAAAGAUGAAUACACAAAUGAAGUUACAAAAUAUAAAGAGCCUAACACAGACUUGACAAGUGAAAUGAAAGAGAGUACAGAGAAUGAAGCAAUAAGUAAUAUUUCUCAGAAUAAUAAAAAUGAGAGUCAGAUGGAGGAAAGUGAGAGCAACAAAGAGGUUGAGUUAACAGAGAUUAGCCGGCAGCAGUGCCAGACAUGCCAUAAAUACUUCUCGAAUUUGUGGGUUCUUAAAAACCAUCAGGAGGAUAUGCAUAAUUUGCUUGUUUCACCAGACACCAUUGAUAACUUUGGGCAGAGGUUCAAAGAGGUGUGGGAAAAGAGCUUACCUAAGCCUCAAGAACAAGAGUCAGGCUCACUUCCGCAGCCACCAGUAAUCCCAUCGAAUACUGCUGCUGCCGCACCUUCAUCAGCGGCUGAGAAAUCCUCCACACUAGAUGUAGAGCAGGUUAAACCAGCACUGGUUCAACCUGAAGUCCCAUAUCACCUUGAACUUCCACAGCUUUUACCUUUCAUGACCAUGAACUGCCUGCCAAUGCAUUUGUCCAUGAACUUGAUGAAUCUUGGUCUGCAAAACUCUCUGAUAUCUUCUUUGAUGAUGCAGAACAUGGACUUGUCUCAGAGUUUUUUAUCUCACAUCCCUCAAGCUUCACUAAUAGAUUCUUCAUUUCCAGCCAGCUCACAGCAGUUCCAUAUGAGUGCUGCUGCAGUGGCUGCUGCUCAGAAGAGGGUUCGAACUCGUAUAAGUGAUGACCAAUUGAAGGUGUUGAGACAGUACUUUGACAUCAAUAACUCUCCCACAGAAGAGCAGGUCAACAAAAUGGCCGACCAGACCGGCCUCCCUCAGAAAGUGAUCAAACACUGGUUCCGUAACACUCUUUUUAAAGAGAGGCAGAGAAACAAAGAUUCCCCUUACAACUUCAACAACCCACCUUGCACCUCCAUUGACCUUCGUGAAUAUGACAGAACUGGGAAACUCCCAGAAAUUAAACUGGAAAUUGAUGAAGAUUUUGACCGAGACACAACUCCAGCUCCUGAUCUGAAGAAAGAAACGCCAUCACCAGUAGAGGAAAUGGCUGAGGAUAAAACUGAGCAUGACACAGAUUUCAUAGACAGACCCAGUCUUAAAAUAGAUUUGACACCAAAGAUGGAACUUGACACUGAAGAAAGAAAGGAUCUAGAAAAUUAUUCCAAUUUGUCAUCACCUUUCAUUUCCUCCAUUCCUUCAACUCCAGUAGCAUCUGCACCAGUAACUCCCACCCCAGGGAACACACUGAAUGCAGCAAAUCCUCUUGCAUAUUCCAUGGACAAUUAUGCUGCCAACAUGGCGCGCUUAGAAGCCGCAACAUUCCACCACAUGGGCAAAAGAGCCAACAGAACCCGUUUCAGUGACUACCAAAUCAAAACUCUUCAAGAUUACUUUGAACAGAAUGCUUAUCCCAAAGAUGAUGAACUGGAACAUUUAUCUAAAAUUCUGGGGUUAAGUGCAAGAGUUAUUGUUGUUUGGUUUCAGAAUGCCCGUCAAAAGGCUAGAAAGAUUUAUGAAAACCAGCCGGCAACUGAGAGCACACAAGAAGCUCCCAGUCAUUACCAAAGGACGUCAGGAAUGAAUUACCAAUGCCAAAAAUGCAACAGUACUUUCCAGCGCUAUUACGAACUUAACAAACACCAAAAGCACUUUUGUAUGGUGGAAUCAAACAACAAUAAAUCCAUUCCCUCUAUGAUGGAAACUGACAGUAACUUCAGCUAUUCUAACGAUGAUUCCUUUCUCUCAGACUAUCAGAUGACCCCAGCAUCAACAACCAAGAAGAGAGAUACUCAGAUCUCAUCUUAUCCCCCAAAACAGCAAAGUGUAUCAAAUACAACCACAUGUGUUAUCCCAACAGUUUCAGCCUCACCAUCUUCAACAUCCUCCUCCUCCUCCUUCUACGUCCCUUCCUUUAAAUGUGACAAGUGCUCCAUGUCCUUCUCUAGGUUUGACACCUGGCAGGAGCACCAAAGAGCCCACAGUAUUGCUCCAGCCAUGUUUACCCCUUUCUCAUCCAAUCCAGCUUUUAGAAUGCUGGAGAAUUUAGCCUAUCAUGAAAACGAUACAACUGAGGUAGCUACAGCCGCUUUGCCCACAUCCAGCUCUAUUUUAAAUUCAAUGGUAUCGCCACCAGCCACCUCCUCUUUGCAUGAACCACCAGCCGUGACACCAAAUUCAUCAUCAUCAUCUCUGUCACCAUCCUCAAAGAGGAAGACGGACUCAGAGGAUGAGAGUGGUGAUCAACCGAAGGACAAACGUUUGAGGACCACUAUAUUACCUGAGCAGUUAGAUUACUUGUACCAGCAGUAUCAGGUUGAUUGCAAUCCAAGCAGAAAACAGCUGGAGCAUAUUGCAAGCACAGUUAAUCUGAAGAAGAGAGUUGUCCAGGUGUGGUUUCAAAAUACUCGAGCCAGGGAACGGAAAGGACACUACAGGUGGGCACAUCAACAGCUGAUAAACAAAAGAUGCCCAUUCUGCCGGGCUCUCUUUCGAGCCAAAUCAGCACUGGAGUCCCAUCUGGCAACUAAACAUCCAGAACAGGUUUCAAAAGGGGACAUCAAUAUUGAUCUUCUCCCAGAUGUGGUUGUUGAAACUCCUCCUGGCCAAGCCCACACUUCAGUGGCAUCGUAUUUUAGUCAUGCGUCAUCUCCAUUAUCUUCUAUGUAUAUGGCAUCUGAAAUGAAGAGUUUACCAUCUGGUUCGUUGUCUGCACUGCCAAACUACAUGGCCUUAAUGUCUGCAUCUAGUGGGAUAAAUCUACCAUUUCCUGGGUCAACUGCAGAUUUUAUGAGUAAUCAGUCGUUUGAGGAUCCUUUUUUCAAGAAGUACAUGAAAGAUCUAACUAAAAAUGUUUCCAGCAAACAAGAGUAUUCACUUCUGCAUUCUUACAACAACCUUGUUACACCUGAAGCAGCUUCUAUCCACUCCGCAGCACAAGCAUAUGCUCAAGCCACACCCACUGAAUUUUCCAUUCCUUCAAAACCACUGGUUGCCCACCAUUCAAAAAUCAACCCCCAGCCUUCAGCAUUCUCAUCCAAUGAUGACACACCCCUAGAUCUCAGCAAACCAAUCAAAACUGUAGAAUCGUUAUCCAAUGAACCAGCCUUACACAAAAUCAAAUCUGCCAGUGUGGAUUACAGUGACCGAUCUUCAGAGCAGGAUUUCCUUCAAGCACCUGGCAACUUGGACGAAUCCUUCUCAGAAACCCAGUCAGAAAUGGCUGAUCAUGAGUACACAAAUGAUGUUGGGAACAGUCCUUCAUCUGCAUCUCACCUUUCCACCAGUUUUAUUCUGAACACAGGCACAAACAGUUCCAUAGGCAAACGGUACAGGACUCAGAUGUCAGCCGUACAGGUGAGGGUCAUGAAACACCUGUUCAAGGACUACAAGACCCCUACCAUGGUGGAGUGUGAGUUUCUAGGUCAAGAAAUAGGCCUGCCAAAACGGGUGGUUCAGGUGUGGUUUCAGAAUGCAAGAGCCAAAGAGAAAAAGGCCAGGCUUAGCUCAGGAAAAUUGCUGAGUCCAGAAGGUGACGACCUGGCCAAAUCUGCAGAAGAGUGCUACCUGUGCCGAUGCAAGUACACACACAAAGUCACUCUGCAGGAUCAUAUUUUCACCAAGGCCCACAUCGACAAGAUCAAGUCAUUCCUCAACUCCCAGGGUGACCUGGACAGCUGCAAUCUCUCCGGGUUGUUCCAAUCACCAAAUAAAGCUGAUCACAUGGACAAGAGAUGUGACAACUCAGUGUCCAGACUGCAGACUGUGAAGCUACAGCCCACGCAAGUUAGCCCAGCCAGCUUCAGCUCUGAGCAUUGUCAAGAUACAACCUCUAGGACUGAGCAGAAGCAGAACCAAGCAGUUUUGGAGAUGGCGAUGAAUGCUCAGAUGUUGUCAGCUCUUGGAGGCUACAUGCCCGGCCUUGACCCUGCAUACCUGCCUUAUAUGUACAGCGGUGUGCCAGAGUACUUUCCUGGAAUGGGGCUUCCUCUUGUGCAGCCAGGCAUCAUGCCAGAUCACAUGAUGCCCUAUGAUCCUUUAGUCUUUGGCACUCCUUUGGCCCUGCUACAGAUUCCCUCUGCAGCCAAAAAGUCCAUCAGCGAAAAGGUCAAGGAGUCUGGCUCUGUGCUGGCUCGAUACACUCAGGACUCCCAGGUUUUAGCUGACCUCCAUAACCUUGUCAGGGCCUCAGACCUCACAGCUGCAGCCGAAGCAACACUUGAUGUUGGGUUCAUUUGUAAGACAUGCCAGACGGUGUAUCCUGCAAAAGAUUCCUGUAUAGCUCACCAGCGGUCCUUCUGCAUGGCCAACGCCUUGUCACUACCCAAAGGAUUUGAACCAAUCAUGAAGCUGGAACAGAUUCAGUAUGAGUGCCGAGCAUGUGAUGAAAGAUAUUCAACUGUCUUAGAGUUCAAAUCUCACUGCCUGCGAGAGUCUCACAAGCAGAAGUUAAUGAAGUUCAAGGUGAAAGAAGCGGCCCGACGUGAAACAGCAGACUCACCAAAUUCAUUCGGCCCCUAUGUGCCCUUAACUGGCAAGAUCAGUUCAUCAUUGUCCCCUUAUUUAUCAAAACCCCAAACAGCAUCAUCAUUAUACAACAACAACAGCAUCAGUCAGAAUAACAACCAAGUGAAAUCCCCAGGCAUCACUCCUGGGAUGAAGCUUCCUCUGCUGCCAUCUCCAGCCCACCAGUACAACAAAGUUUCACCAGGUGUUCCAGCAGCUGACAAACACACUAUGGCCUUCAGUGAAGAACCUGAUAUUCAUGAGGUCAAGGCUGAAUAG